GGAGGCCGUCGGUUUGUACAGUGCACGGCAUUCACUCUUUAGCUGUCCGACUCCUGUCAAUUGCUAUCGUCAAGAAACCUCCACUAUCUAGGUGCUGGUCUUAUUAUACUUAAUACUAUAAUCAUAAUGUUUCCCCGCUCGUUGAUCCUUCUGGCCUCGGCCGGCGCUGCCAUUGCCCAAGUUGCGCCUGAAUGCGAGCAUGUCGCAGACGUGGUUGCUCUCCUCAACGCUGACGGCAAGGCUUACUGCUCUGCCGUUCUCGACAUCGGUACGACCACCGAGACUGUCGUCGAGUCUGCCACCGCUACGGAGACUACAACCAUCACCACUCCUAGCCAAGUCACGCUUAGCGUCACUACAACGCAGACCGACACUGUGACCGACGGCUUUGUCACUGAGACUGCUCCCACUGCUACCGCUACGGAGACUGUCACCGAGUCGACUACCGUCUACUCGUGCACCACUGCUCUGAAGCGCCGCGACUACGCUGAGGCUCGAUCGACCUCUUGCACCAAGAGCAAGACCUCGACCGCCCCUAAGCCUACCUCCACCUCCUGCACGAAGAGCAAGACCAGCACUACACCUGUCCCGGCUGAGUAUACUUCCUGCACCGAGAGCAAGGGUCAACAGCACGCUACCUCUGCCGCUUACGGCGCUGGCCUGCCUCCUGCCUACUCGCAGGGGGCUUCCUCCAGCGCUCAGCCCGGACACUACGUUCCUGACGCCUCUAAGGCCACCUACCCUUCGCAGCCGGCCAAGGAUGCUUACCCCUCGCAGUCAGUUAGUCACUACACCGACGCUGGUGCUAAGGGUUACCCUUCUAUACCUGCGGGCUCCUACCACAACGCCAGCUCCACUGCAGGCGCGUCUUCUGUCUACUACUACUCGUACCCUGAGGCGUCUUCCGCUGCCUACGAUGACUAUCCCACGACUUCGAGUAUCUACGAGCAGAUCAGCUCUUUGAUCAGCUCUUACGCCGGUUUGCCGACUGUCUCCUCUUCCGCUUACUACUCGAGCGAGAUCGUCUCUUCCUCUGAGACCUUUAAGCCUUCUCCUAUUCCCACUCCUACUCCUACCCUGGUCUUGUCCUGUGAGGCAGCUCCAUCGGUCGUCCAGACCGGCUUUGCCUGCGAUGAUAUCACGUCUGCCUGCGGCUGCUUGGGUCUUACAUCGGCCACGGCCCAGGUCACCACGACUACUACUUUGACCGAAACCAACUCCCUCACCGAGGCUACGCUCCUCACCACGACCACUCAAUUAACCGAGACUGUCUUCACGACUGUUCCUGCUACCACCACCGUCACUCCUUCCUUCACUGUCACAACCACUGCUACUGCCACCGCCACCAUCUGCCCCUGCUCCAGCUCCCAGGCUCUGUGCGGCUCCACUCCUGAUACAUGCAAGGAUCUCCAGAACGAUGCCAACAAUUGCGGUACUUGCGGCAACGUCUGCAACAGCGGCCAGUGCUCCGCCGGCCAGUGCUUGGACUGCGUUCCCAGGACCUGCCAGACUUUCAGCCUGGGCCGUUGCAACAACGCUGGUAUGUGCUACUGCAUCACGGGCUCUACCGGCAAGAGCAUGUGCGGUGAUCUCAGCGGGUCUUGCUCCGACUACGCUAGGUGCAGCUCCGACUCCCAGUGCGGCAGCAACGAGGUCUGCACCCCGGACACCUGCUGUGGCUACAGCAUCUGUAUUCGUGUCAACACCUGUGGUAAUCAGCAGAGCACCAAGAGGAUGUUCAAUCCCAGGGGUAAGGGGCCUCUGGGUAACGCGAUCAACAGCCCCAUUGGUCAAUUCUAAAUCAUUUGAGAGCAAGGUGAUGUACUUACAGUGAGGCCUUGAGGUCGGGAUUGAGUAGUGAGACGUUUGAAAAAUAGAAAAUCUUACUUUCACACGCUCUCCCUAUUCAAAGGAGAGGUUCACAACAUACCUGUGUCAGCUCGGCCGUUCUUCGGGAAUUACUCAUCAAACAGCGAAUCGAAGCUUUCCUGGUCGUCCUCAGCUUCAACCUUUACGACAUCUUC